AUGAAUGAUAAGGUCAUCUCAAGAGAAUACCAUCUGCCCUUUGAACGAAUUUCCUUCGAGAAAAUCGAAAAUGAGUGGCAGACCGUGCAAAAUCUAACCGAAGAAACCGGUGGUUCAUUUAGUGAAGAGUACAAUAGCUUCCCAGAGAGAUUUUACAGAGACCCUUGCCCGGAUUCGCGGCCGACUGAUCUCUGCAAUGCGCUUGAUGAGUAUGUUUGGCGAAAAGACGAUGCUUGGGAUUGGCACUUUGUCGAGACGACCAACCAAUUCGAAGGUGUUACUGGUUAUACCUACAAGAUGUUCUCGCUAAAAUGGCUUGAUAAUUCUUGGUGGGAGCACUAUGCUGAUGGUUCGCAAGUUUGGCGUCAUCUUGUGACCAUUUGGGUGCCCAAAGAUCUUGAUAGGAGUCAGAACCAAGCAAUUGAUUGGGUUGAAAAAAGAAAUGCUGACAAUAUGGUCUCGUGGUCUUGGAGAAUGUACAUGGAGAACACUCAUAUUCCAGAGCUUCUUUGUUGGCUUCCGAUGACAAAGGCGGCUCUCCGGGCAAUGGAUAUGGCCGAAAUCAUUGCAAAAGAAGAGUUUGAAUACACCAUCGAAAAAUGGGCUGUUUCAGGCGGCUCAAAACGUGGCUGGACAACCUGGCUCGUCGGCUCUGUCGACCCAGAGCGCGUCAAUUUGAUCGUACCCGUCGUAGCGACUGUAGUUGACUACGGGAAAGUGAUCCACGCCUGGCUUCGAAAUCUUGGCGGCACAGCCCUUGCUCAACUUGAGUAUUACCUCGACCAAGUUAUUGAAAACAUUGAUCAUCCAAAUUUUGCGGAUUUCGGCGACCCUAUCAUUUACAAAGAAAGAUUGACGAUGCCGAAGCUGGUCAUUCCUGCGACGGCAGACUAUUUCUUUCACAUCGCAGAUACCUGGGCAUUUUUCGAUCGACUUCCGGGAGAGACUUAUUUGAGACUGUUGCCAAAUGCUGAGCAUUCGACUGCGAUAUCUGGGCUUUCUACUCAGCACUGGCUUCUGACACGGCUCAUAAAGCUCUUCUUCAUUUCACAUCGAAAAACGACAUCAGAAAUGCCUGUGGAAAUAUUCGCCUGGGUGGGUGAUACAAGGGCAAAGACGCGGAAGGAUUGGCGAAUUUUCGGAGUCCGGAAUAACGAGAAGUUCACGAGCUCGGAUGAAAAUCUUCACAUACCUUACCCAGAGUACUCAAACUCAACAUCGCGAAAGAACUAUCCAGAGCUAGAAAAGCUCCUCGAAAAUAUCCCCUCAUAUUCUUCAUUUCCAAACAUCUCCAUCCCCAACCCUUCAGUUGACCCGUUCGUAGAUCCAGAAGACAUCAUCGUCGUGAAAAACGCUCAACUUCAAGGGAACUUCUGGCAUAAACACGCUGUCAUUCCUCUUGGAAACAACCAGUUUGAAAUCGAGCUUCAAGAAGCGCCCGAUGCAAAUCGAGCGUUUUUCGUCGAGGUCCGAUUUCCCGGUGUUGAUGGAGUUGGGCAUAUUGAGCUCACGACGGAAGUUCAAAUUAUUCCAGAGGCCUUUGCGUUCCCUGAGUGCCAUGGAUCAGAAUGCGGUGCUCUUGGACUCGUCUAA